UUGAGUCUUAUCCUUAUCUAUUUUGGUGUAAGGAUUGAUUUUCCCGCUGGUAGCUAUCUCAAGGGGACAAUAAAUAUUAAAUAUGCCCCUCUGCACCUUGGGGGCAAGAAAAUCCAUAUCAAGCCAUAAUCAAUGAAGAAGGGUAAGUUUGACUUUUCAUUACAGUAACCCCACAAAACCAAAGGGUAGACACGCAGAAACUCAACACCCCACCCAGCUUUUCUCUUUUAUCAAAACCACGUGUAGUUAAAUCUAGAAUUCGAAAUUAAAUACAUUGAUUUUUUCCAAAUUAAAUCCCGAAUGAACAUAAAGCAAGCAUGAAUGAAAGAAUAAGAAACCUUAAACUAGGUUAUUAAUUAGUAUAAUCUGAAUAAUGAAUGAAUUAAUUAACGUAAAUGAAUGAAGGGGAGAGAGAGAGAGAAAGAUGAUGUUAUGUGUAGGAAGCAGAAGUAGUUGUUGGUAGUUCCAGCUCAGGCGCUUAGGUCGGAUCUAUAUCCAUCUCUCACACACACUAACAAGUUCCAAGAUCUUUCUUCUUUCUUACUACACACACCUCUCUUUCUUUCAUGUGAGUGAUUAAUGGGGAAUGUGACGGGCACUGUGGCGGCUAAAUUUGCCUUCUUCCCGCCAGAGCCCCCCACUUACGACGUCUACAGGGACGACGACGGCACCGUGGUGUUCUCCGGUCUCACCGCUGACAAGAACGUCGACGUCCACUUGCUCGACACCAAGGCCGGCAACAAGAUAGUCGCCACCUUCUGGAAACAUCCAUUCGCCAGGUUCACCUUCCUCUACUCCCAUGGCAAUGCCGCUGACUUGGGCCAGAUGCACGACCUUUUCAUUGAGCUCAGAGCUCACCUCCGUGUCAAUAUCAUGAGUUAUGACUAUUCCGGUUAUGGAGCAUCUACAGGUAAGCCAUCUGAGUUCAACACAUAUUACGACAUAGAAGCUGUAUAUAGUUGUUUGAAGAACGAGUAUGGGAUUAAGCAAGAAGAGUUGAUUCUGUACGGUCAAUCUGUGGGAAGUGGACCCACGCUGCACUUGGCUUCAAAGCUACACAAGUUGAGAGGUGUUGUCCUUCACAGUGCCAUUCUUUCUGGGAUAAGGGUCCUCUACCCUGUCAAGAUGACAUUUUGGUUUGACAUUUUCAAAAAUAUAGACAAAAUACGGCAUGUCAAUUGUCCAGUGUUUGUUAUACAUGGAACGAAUGACGACAUUGUUGAUUGGUCUCAUGGAAAAAGGUUGUGGGAACUGUCCAAAGAAAAAUAUGACCCCUUAUGGGUUAAGGGUGGAGGCCAUUGCAACCUUGAAACAUUCCCAGAGUACAUAAAGUAUUUGCGCAAGUUCCUAAAUGCAAUGGAGAAACUCUCACUCACAAAGCAGACAAACAAACAACUCACUCAAAAUCCUAGUAUUACCGAAUCCAGACAUAACAAAUGCUUAAGAUUUGGUAAAAAAUAGGUUGAUGUUUUAUGAGGUUUUUGCAUGCAGGGAAUCACAGCCAAGGUUUAAUUGGUUGUUGAACAGAAUGACAGUAGUACUUUGCUGUGCUACUUUGAUUCACUAUUAUGCAGAUAAUCAAUUGAUUGAUUAGAUUUAAAUCCAAAAAGAUGAUGUCAUGUCUUUAGAUCCAAAUCCUGUUACCAUAUUUAGGUGGACAACUGAUUGCUUGGUUAAUAUAAUUUAAACUUUUUAUUUUGGUUAAAAAAUUAUGUAUAGGUCAUCAUCAUUCUCCGGAAAACAUGUCUUCUCCCUCUCUAUCUUUAGGCUAAUCUCACUGGUUUGUUAUGUAAUUACAUUUUAUAUGAUAGGCAUGUCUUAAAAUGCAUGGUUACUUAACCAACUUGGGAUAUAGUCUAAAAACACUGAAAGCUGUGAUUUAAGUUCAAAUUUAUUAGCAUUGUAUGGUUUAACCAAAAAUUCGAAAGAAAGAGUAAUCUGGACAGCUUUUAUGCAUCAAUUCGUAGAAGAGAUAGAAGAAUUACUGUAGAAGGUAACCUAUUUAAAGUCCUGAACAUGUUCAAAUGAAUAUGGAGGAACAUGGUCAAAUGAAUGAGUGCCCUAUCUAAUAAAAGUCCUGAACUAACAAAUGAAUGAUUUCUAACAGAAUGAUUAUGAUUACAUGACAGAACAUAGAUUAACGUGGAAAAGAACCAGUAUUAUACUCUCAGCACCUGGUAACAAUUAGCUGGUGAAAAAUUGCAUCAUUCAAAGGGAAAUCUUUUUGCACCAUCUCUGCCCUAAAUUAAAAAGGCCAACUUUGCAUCAUUCUCCAUCUUAUCCAUUCCAAAAGAUUUUCCCUUUCUGAAUCAUUGAUUCAAUUACGAUCAAAACACAUUAACAGAACAGUACAAUUGGAAAGCACUUGGGAAUAAGUCAAAGCCUUGGUGGUUCAAUGAAAAAAGAGAACAAAUGAAUGAACAAAGAGAAGAAGAUUAGUUCACAAAAAGAAGAGCAACGGAUUAGAUCAUUAGACCAGAAUGAAAACAAGUUUGAGUGGUUAUCUAUCGGAUAAGGAAGAACACGUAGUGGGUUUUAUGGGAGUUCUAGUCAACGAGAUUUCAAGCAGUGCAACAAUACUAAUAGGAGGAGCUGGAAUUCGCCACAAGUUGUAAGAGAAUAGUGGAAUGGAUCAAUGAAAGCGAGAACACGAAGGGGAGUAGAGGUUUGAAUAAAGCUGGAAGCGCAAAGCAUAUGUUUCAAAAUGUGGCUAUCCAAUUUAAAAGAAAUGUGACAAUAUAUAGUAAUGUUAUAAGGUGGGUGGGCAUCACGAUUGACAUGAUCAUGGUAGAGGAAGUGAGAACAUGAAUGCUAGUGUAGGUGUGGGCAUCUCAAUGUUAUGUGUUUCGGUUUGCAGUAAGUGAGGAUCAUUUAGUUGGCAUUUUGAUAUUAAAAUACUUUGAAACAGGUAGUGAUAGGUGAGACUUUGGUUGUUUUGUGAAUUAGUCAUUGUAGUUUUAUU